AUGAUCGACAUCACUCCGCACCGAAGCACUCCAGACAGCGUGCUCGAUUCGAUUAGAGUCUUCAAAGAAUUUCACAAACUGCUGAAGCGCUACGCGGAAGGCAAGAACCAACGCACGUUGACCUUCUUCGGCUACACCCCUCUAAGCCAGGAGUGGAUCGAUCUCAUUCCUUCAAUAUUGAGUAUAUUCACACCGGACAUCUUCGUGUUCCAUGGUCACAAUUCUCUCGUGCAGCGCAAGUGGAACUCAUCCUGCACGAUAUUGCCGCAGAAUGCCGUUAUCGACAUGCCGGGCCUCCCAAUUUCUUUGACAACAGCCCACAAAACCCUGAGCGAGGUGGCGGAAGAACAACACACGCCUGCAUGGGCUGUGUCUGUAACCGCAGCGGGGCGCUGGAACCGGCCGAAGAAUGCUGCCAACCAAGAUGACUACAAACUUCUGAAAGAAUGUAUCAGGCCGCCGCGAAAUUUUACCAAGUUCGGGAGCAUCACAGAGGUCUGCAACAACCCAAAUUACGUCCGACUUGAAGACAAGGAUGAUCACUCCGGUUACGCGUACAGCCUCCAAGACGGGCUCAUCAUGACGUACGAUACAUCCGACAUGCUGCGUCAGAAGCUUUGUAGGCAAAAGGCCAACCUGACCCACAUCGACUACGGUAUCGCGGUGUUCGACCUCGAGUACGAAGACGACUCCGAUCUUUGUCCGUCCGGCUCCUACAGUCACAUCAAGAUGGCGAGAGCGUUGGCGGAAUUCUUCGAAAGCAAGUACAACACGGCCUCCGACCUGACAGACUGUCUACGCGGUGAAAACAAGUGACCGUGCAUACACACGUGCCGGUGAUCGGUUGAAAGUGCUGCCACCUGUUUCUCGACGUUCUAAAUUUCGCGCUGAUUGAUAUGCAAAUUAUGGUGCACGUGCAUUCCCUUCUCAUUCACCUAGAGUGGAAGAUGUCCCCUUACCUUCGUUCGUGUCUGCUUCUAGUAGACCAAAUAUUAUUUUAACUCUUAAAGGAACAUUAAAGAGGAAUCAGUGCAUAUCGAUAAAACUUCCUUUCGAAACUUUAAUCUUUAGGCAGAAACAGCGGUUUCUCUGGCUUAUCGGUAAUUUUAUACAUUUCACGCAAUUAUUGACGCAUUUUUGAACAGCUCUGAAUUAUAUCUGUAAGCGAUCUGUUUGGUCAUCGAUUCGCAUGAUUUUACAAAACGACUAUCUGAUUUUUUUUUAUUUUUAACAUUGUUCCGCUUGUAAUUCGCGAACCCUUAAUUUAACUAGAAACCGUGACGCUUUUGAAUUGCCUCGGUGCAGGCCUAACUACGACACCGUUAUCUUAAUACAUUUCCAAUAUAACUCCUCCACGUCUGAAAAGCCCCUAUUGUUCGUGUAGCACUUUGAUGCUGUCGGCGCGAUCUCUUGCAUAAGUAUAAUUUUGUACCUACGUCAUAUAACAUGUAUCACUGCGUGACUGAUGUAUAUUUAUAGGAUCUGUUGAAAGUGUAUAGCUUUAUUUUUGUCCUGUGAAACAUGCUCUGCUGUCUCAAU